ACAUUUGGAACAUAUUCUAAUGUUUUUCAUGUUGACGCAGAUAAAUUGCUCAAGAUAAGGCUUAAAUCAAUUUAUUCUAUUUCGAUAAUUACUGUAGUUAGUCGAAGCUUUAAGUUUUAUUUAUAAUAAGGUCAAAUGCAAGUGUUAAAUGGUAAUUCAUAGAUACAUUUUUGGAAUAUACUAGAAGUCUUAAGAAUGAAUGUUACGUCAGAAGACCUACCCGAAAUUCAACCGGGUGUAUUUACUUAUGAGCUGUUCACAAUACUUAGCAACUUUGAAUCUGCUAACCUUGCUCAAGCAAAGUGUGUGCGCAAACAAACGCCUGGCAUUGAUGAUGACUUGGAGUUCUAUUUGUGGACAAAGCCGGAUUGCGGCGGUACAGAGUUUGAAUGCAACUACAGAUCAUGGUUCUACUUUGCUAUAAAAGGAGGUAUUCCGGGAAUGGCUGUAAGACUAAACUUGAUUAGUUCGAACAAACAAAGUAAAAUGUACAGUCAAGGUAUGGCUCCAGUAUGUAAAGUUGAUAUGGGAAAAUCUGAUAAAUCUAACACUAAAUUUUCUAAAGCUUCCUGGUCAAGAAUUAAGGAAAUACCUAUUUAUCAGGUCAAUAAUAAUCAUGAGUUUGUGUUGAGUUUUAGUCACCGUUCAUUAGAAAACCCUGAUGCAACAACAUAUUACGCCUUUACUUAUCCUUAUACUUAUACUGAUUUGUGUACUAGUUUAAAUUUUUAUGAGAAACAAUUUCCUCUUCCUUCAGAUUUAAAAGAAAGAAAUGAGAAAGACAUAUAUUUUCACCGAGAAACUAUUGUUAAGUCAUUAGAGGAUCGUUCAGUUGAUUUAGUAACUAUUACGUCCUUUAAAGGUGCAUCAGAAGAAAGAGAAUGUCGUUUAUUUGGAUUAUUCCCAGAUGAAAAUAAACCCAGACCAUAUGUUUUCAAAAAUAAAAAGGUAAUAAUAAUGAGCGCUAGGGUUCAUCCUGGCGAAACUCCUUCAAGUUUUGUCAUGAAUGGUCUGAUAAAAUAUUUACUUAGUAAAGAUGAACAAGCCAGUGUACUUAGGCAAAACUACGUAUUCAAGCUUAUUCCUAUGUUAAAUCCAGAUGGAGUAGCUAGAGGUUUUUAUCGCACAGAUACUAGAGGUAUUAAUCUUAACAGAUUUUACCUCAAACCAUCUUUAAAGUUACAUCCAUCUAUCUACGCUGCCAGGUCACUGAUUUUAUACCAUCAUUUUGGGUAUGAAUUACGAAAUGAACUUAUUGAAGAAAAUUCAAAUGUGCUGGAUAUUAAGACAUCCGAAUCCAAUUUGUGCAGUUCUUCAGACAACGAUGAAGAGCUAAAUUCUAAAAUAAAAGACAUGUUGGCAUCUGAUUGUAUUAUGUUUAACAAUACAAAUAAAAUAAUACCAUCAAUGAUUACCGAUCAAACACCAUUAAAUAAUUUAUUGAAAAAAAGCCAAUCGUGUACAGCAGAAUUGAUAGUCAAUAAGGGACUCGAUUCAGGAUUAUACUUAUACGUUGAUUUCCACGGCCAUGCAUCUAAGAAAGGAAUUUUCAUGUAUGGUAAUAAUUUUGACAAUAUACUAAACAAUGUUGAAUGCAUGGUAUAUCCAAAGUUAAUGUCUAUAAACAAUCAACAUUUUCAUUAUACGUCUUGUAAUUUCAGUGAGCGUAACAUGUAUUCCAAAGAUAAAAAAUUUGGGCUCAGCAAAGAAGGCAGUGGACGAGUUGCUGUGCUCAAAUAUACAGGAUUGAUUCGUAGUUACACUUUGGAAUGCAAUUAUAAUACUGGCAGAUUUGUAAAUUUAAUUCCACAUACAGUACAUUUUGUUUCCGAAAGGAGACCUAUCCAAAGUCUCGUUCCACCAAAAUUCACACCAACCAUCUAUGAACAAGUUGGAAAGUCGUUGUGUAUAUCUAUAUUAGAUUUGUCAAACAUAAAUCCUAAUAGUCGUUUAGACAAUAGUGAGUUUAAAACAUUAGCUGGACUGAGGGAACAUUUGCGUUCAUCAAUAAUAAACGACUGUAGUCGUAAUCGACGUAUGGGAUCGCGAUCAUUAAGCAAUAUAAUCGUUGAAACGCCUAGUACGCCAAAAACUAAAAUAAAACCUCUCCCAAUGGCUUACGAUAUUAUGAAACCUACUACGUCAAAGUUGUUAACGCCCAUCAUGACCAAACCUGUACCACCAUUAGUCAAAUCAGCUGCACUUCGUAAAACUUUAAAAACAAAAACUGGUGGAAUAUUAAAAAAAAAUGGAAAGAAAUGGAAAAUGAAUUCAAGCAAACAAAAAGCUAUAAUUAAUACUGCAGAAAAUUCGUUAAAGUUGUGGCGAUUGGGAAAAAAAAUUGAUUUAACACCUUUGCGGAUCUUGGGAGUUGAUCAACAAAAAAAUAAGAAAUAAAUUAUUAAUUUUAUUAACUUUUCUAAAACUAGAAAUUCUUUGUUAUAUUUUAACUUAAUAUUUAUACCCUGUUUUGUGUUUUAUAAUCUUAAUAAAAUUACUCUUUGUUACAAAAUGAUAUUCCUUAUGAGGCAUGUCAUGAGAUGCUACUACUAUUAAAAUACUAUACUUAUAUGUAUUAAAAUUCUUCGUUAACUAGUGUAUAGAAGAUAAAAUACUUUUAAGUUCAACUAUUAAUUUUUUAGAAUAAUAGAAUAUUUCUAUAAGACUGCUCGUAUUCAUUACCAAGUAUAUUUAUUAUUUAUUUAUGUUAGCACUGUCAUGUUGAUUUUUUUUAUUUAUAUUUUUCUUUUUAUCGAUUUAAUAUUAAAAUACAUCUUGUUAGUCAGUUUAAAAUCAAAAAAUAUAUUACAUUUACUUAAUAUUGUCCUUAACAAAAAACAAAAGCUUAUUUAAUUAUUUUAUUUGAUAAA